GUCUCACUGUAUUUGUGCAGUAAAAUGGCAGAAGCCAAAUUUUCUCAGGAUGAGUUCAUGUGUCCAGUGUGUCUGGAUAUCCUGAAGGACCCGGUGGCCAUUCCCUGUGGACACAGUUACUGUAAGACCUGCAUUACAGGCUGCUGGGAUCAGGAGGAUGAGAAGAGAGUCUACAGCUGCCCUCAGUGCAGAGAAACCUUCAGUCCGAGACCUGCUUUAGCUAAAAACACCAUUCUGGCUAAAAUGGUGGAGAAACUGAAGAGGACUAAACCACCUCCUGCUGACUGUUACGCUGAAGCUGGAGAUAUACAAUGUGACGUCUGUACUGGAAGAAAAUACAAAGCCGUCAAAUCCUGUCUGGUGUGUCAGGAAUCUUACUGUCAAACUCAUUUUGAGCGUCACGAGGAGUUUCACUCUCGUAAGCCACACAAAGUGAUUGAUGCCACUAGACGACUGCAGGAUAUGAUCUGCCGUAAACAUGAAAAAGAGCUAGAAAUGUACUGUAUCAAUGACCAACAGUGCAUAUGUCUGAUGUGUAAGGAGUAUGAACAUAAAAACCACAAAACUGUAUCAACUGCAGCACAGAGGACAGAGAAACAGAAAGAGCUGAAGGAGACACAGAUGAAGCUCCAGCAGAGAGUCCAGCAGAAACAGAAAGAUCUUCAGCAGCUGAGAGAGGCUGUGGAGUCUCAGAAGCGCUCUGCACAGACAGCAGUGGAGGACACUGAGAGGAUCUUUACUGAGAUCAUCCUCUCCAUUGAGAGAAGAGCCUCUGAGCUCACACAGAUGAUCAGAGAUCAGCAAAAGACUUUAGUAAGUGAAGCUGAAGGACUCAUGAAGCAACUGGAACAGGAGAUUGAUGAUUUGAGGAGGAGAGAUGCUGAGCUGGAGCAGCUUUCACACACACAGGAUCACAUCCACUUCUUGCAGAGUUUCCAGUCUUUCUUAUGUCCUCCUGAAUCUGCAGAUGUUUCCUUCAGUCCCCUCUUGACUUUUGAUGACCUGAAAGAAUCAGUUCAACAGCUGAAAGUCAAACUGGAUGAUUACUGCAAAGAGGAGAUCAAGAAGAUCUCUGACAGAGGAAUGCAAAAGACACCUAUAUUGAAGGACCCUUUCAAAAACACAUUCACCAACAUUGUUCCCAAGACCAGAAGAGACUUCCUACAAUAUUCUCAUCCUUUCACUCUGGAUCUGAACACAGUGAAUAAAUACAUCUGCCUUUCAAACAACAUGAUUACUUACACUAACACACCACAGUCGUAUCCUGAUCAUCCAGACAGAUUUGAUCAGUUGUGUCAGGUAUUGUGUAGAGAGAGUGUGUGUGGACGCUGUUACUGGGAGAUCAAGUGGAGUGGAUAUAGCGUGUAUAUAUCAGUGUCAUAUAAGAGCAUCAGCAGGAAGGGACAAGGGAAAGACUGUUUGUUUGGAUGUAAUUGUCAGUCCUGGAGUUUGUUCUGUUAUCCUGACAAUUAUUUAUUCAUUCACAAUGACUUGCACACUGUUCUCCCAGUAAAGUCCAUCAGCAGUAGAGUAGGAGUGUAUGUGGAUCACAGUGCAGGAACUCUGUCCUUCUACAGCGUCUCUGACACAAUGACCCUCAUCCACACAACCCAGACCACAUUCUCUCAGCCACUCUACCCUGGGUUUAAUGUGAAUGGUUACAAAUCAUCAGUGAUACUGUGCUGAUUGAUCAAAAUAACUUAAAAACCCCUUCAUUCAAAACUAACAACUCACUAGUCUUCGACUUUUAUCAGGGGUCACCACAGUGAAAUAAACCACCAAAUACUCUGGCAUUUGUUUUAUGCAGCGGAUGCCCUUCCAGUAGCAGUCCAACACUGGGAAACACUCAUACACUCUCUUAUUCACACACAUUCAUACACUACAGCCAAAUUUAUUCACCCAAUUUACCUAUACAGCAUGGUUUUGGACUGUGGGGAAACCGAAGAACCCAGAGGAAACCCACAAGUACACAGGGAGAAAAUGAAAACUUCACACAGAAAUGAAGAGUGUCAACAUAUACUGUAGCACUGAUGUGCUCACCUGAGUUUGUUUCCCGGCUAAAGGUCCUUUGCUGAACAUUCCCUUCCUUCUGUCUGCUCCCCGUGCAUUCCUGUCUCCCUCUCCACUGUCCCAUCAAAUAAAGGUUAAAACUCAUAAAAAUAAUAUUAAGUAUUCAAAUCCCAAAACUUAAUAAAGACAAAAACAAUAUAUAUUAAAAAUGAUGCAGUCUGCAAAGAAUUUAUCUAGUUCGUAUUCCAUUUUAGUGCUUUUUUCCCCCAAGCAAAGCUCUUGGACUUCUUCUAAAAAUAUUACGUAGUGAGACUCUAUGUGAGAUUAAUGAUGUGUGAUGUAAACAUUACAGCUUUUUUAUCCAAUCAAACUUCUUUCCAGGUAGGAUGGUUAAAGUUGCUACUCAUUUGAAUCCGGUAUAUUUAAACCAAUCAGAAGAUGACUGAGAAUCUGCUGAAGCAUUUCCAGAAAAGUGUGCUAUAUGCAUUAUACUUUAGCCACAGUCUGUGGUCAGUGCUUGUGAUUAUAUCUGAGGAUAAGACUAGGACUACCUCAGAAAAUUGGUAAUUUAUCGAACAAAACCUGUUCAGUGGGCACCUCUUAGACAUCCAACCAUUAAAUGAUGAGAGUCUACUGUAGUUAUCUUCAUCACUUUAAGUAAGCAGUAGACUUUAUUGAAAUACAUUUUUGUGAUCCCUGACUGAUGUAACCGAACAUCAUUCCUGUUACCCCUCCUUCCCCUUUUACCCCUCCAAAUGAUCUGCCUUCACAAAAUCUCUAAUACACGUAUAAAUCUGCAAAAUUUUCAUUUAUUUUCAGUUUCAUAUCAAUUUUGCAUGAAGAAAAAAAACUCAUCUGCAUGUCAAACUCGGUUUUGACUAAAGCAAUAGGUAUAUCCUCUAAUGCUAAAGUUACCACCUUAAGUGUAAAUCUUUUGAGCAGAUUUUUGCUAUGUGUUUGUGUGUUAGACUGUGCUUGUGUGUGCAAGUAGUCUUUUGUGGUGUAAAAUCGGUUUUACAGCUGGCAGGUCAAAAUUGUAAGAC